CCCUUCUGCCACAUCCGACGUUCACCCGCGACGUCGACAACUUGUUGACGACGGUCCGUGACUCCGUGCCGAUAUUUGUCACCCACCUGUAUCCGCUUUCCGCUCUCCGUCUCUGUAUGAGUGGGAUCGUCGUCGUGCAGUCAUUGAUCAACGUCACAGCGUCACUGUGACGUCAGCACUUUUGACGCCGAUCAAGGAAUUCGGGGACCGGUACAACGAACUCGUUCAUCUCCCGGUCACUAUUAGUUCUGAGUGAUGAUGAGCUAUUAACUCACUUUCCCGGCGACCAUUCCCGACACCCAAGAUUCUAGAUAAUCGCCGAACCUUUUAUCAUCCCAUCCAACUGGACACUAAAAACCUCAGCUAUGCCUCGUGAACUGCGUUCUAGGAAGUCUCGCCCGAGUUAUGCUACGCUGGCAGGGUAUCAAACAGACGGGGGUAACAAUUGCGACGGCUCCUCAAGUUCAACAGCCCAGCCCCAAAUCCCCGAGGAGAAUAGUAGCGAAUUUGCGCCCAAAAAAGUACCCACACAGCAAGGCAACGAAGAUGGUGACGAAUCUAGUCUGACCGACCUCAUGGACGUAGACGAGGAAGAGGAGGAAGUGGCGGAACCGAGAAAAACUCGAAAGACCGGGGACGGUCGUGCAGAACCAGGACCGCCUACUAGCCAAACGUCAUCCCUCGGUCCAUCGAGGAGGAAGUUGAAGCAAAAGGCCCACGGGAAAUCGUCGAAAACUCAAGGGGUCGUCACCCCAACACCGACGCCAGUUCCUGGUCUACCAGCAACGCGAGCAGCAAAGAUGUACGCAUUGCCUAACCCGAGUGCACAUCAUCGACACCGUGCCAUCCCCAUCUACCACCGCAAAGACCAAGUUGAGAGGCUGGAUCGACACCCGGUCCUUUUUAAUGAACCCAAAAUUACAUCGACGAACAGUAUGACCGCUGACCCACUCCUUACAGAAAGGAUAAGCAAAGCAUGGGGGUAUAAUGUUGGCCCGGGUCCGGUAUGGGAGCUCUUGGAGGAUAGAUCUUGUUUCAAGGAAUCUGUCCGUUCGGAUUCGGAUCCGAGGGACGAGGCUUCUCGAAGACCUAGAGUCUAUCAGGGUCUAUCCGUGCGACCAGGAUGGACGAUUCUGGAUUAUCGGGACGCACUUGCGUAUCUUCCCACUGACGUUGCCACGACUGACGAUGGGAUGUUCAAACCGCCCCCGCCAGUUGCAUGUCACUUGGGUCUGUUCGGGGAGCAAACACGCGUUCUGUUCGAAAUGUUCGAUAGUCAUGCUACAUCCGAGUUUAUUAAGGGCGGUAGCUCUUACAUUUUCAACGUCGGUUCACCUGUUUGGGGCCUCGAUUGGUGUCCUACUCACCCUGCGGAUCGACCGUUCAGACAGUUCAAGCAAUACUUGGCUGUUGCUCCAUUUCCAUCCCGUGCCCAUGCACCGAACAUCGGUUUUAAGGCUCAACGCCCAUCUCCAGCUUGUGUGCAAAUAUGGGCGUUGCGACCUCGUACAGCCAAGGAUAACGUGGGGGAGUACGAUGACGUCUCAGAGAAAGAUCGCGAGCCUGGCGAAAUACGAUGCGAGAUGGUUUUGUGUUUGGAUGCAGGUCCUGCCCAGGAUAUCAAGUGGUGUCCAUUACCUGCUCAUGACCGUUGGGACGACAGACAAAGGGUUAGCAGUCCCCGGAAGUUGGGCGUACUAGCAGGCGCAUUUGAGGACGGCUCAUUGUCUAUAUACGUUGUCCCUGAUCCCGUAGAUAUCACCAAUGCAACGCAGAGUGGCACUUCUCCACUUUUCGUGAAACUAUCUGAACCAACUUUGAGAGUCGAGCUAGAGAACACGUCCUGCUGGUCGUUGGACUGGGCAAAUAGUGAAGUUCUCGCGAUAGGCUGCACAAACGGUUGCAUCGCAAUCUACGACGUAAGCGAUGCACUUAAUGGGGGAAUCUGCAGAAACAUGCUCCCGACGCACUUUAUAUCCGUCCACCAAUCCGCGGUGCGCGCCAUUACUUGGAUCCGGGUUCCCCCGCAGAGCGCUCGAGGAGACCCUACCACAAGCGAAGACCCAACGGUGAUCGCUAGUGGCGGUUACGACGGGGUCGAAUGUUUCACCGAUAUCCGUGAACUCCAUGGACACGUCAUAAACAGGACGCGGGAUGUGAUCACCACUGCGACUUAUUCUGUCUUUGCGGCUGGUCCGAUUAUGAUCGACCACGAUAAUACUGUGAAGGCUUAUUCAGUUUCGCCUACCAUGCUUGGGCGAGGUCACAUUUUAAUGGAACCAGAUGGACCUGUUUGGCACGUCCAUGCUUCGGACUACCAUCCACAACUUGUUGUUGGAUCUGCGGACGGAUCGUGUUCAACGACUAACCUGCUCAAAUCUACGCGGAGGGGUGGACUAGUGCCGUUUUACAUUCACAAAAUAUAUCAACUGGAUUAUAGUCGUAAGACGGGAGAAUUCCGUAUGUUGGAGCGUUUUAUCCCGCAAGCAAUCCAAGAGAAAGGACCUAGUGCGAAGACGAAAGCAAAAGUCGGUGACGAAUCAUUAUCAGGUUCCGUCCGCAGUACGGGCGUAUGGUCGCCAGAAAUCGGCGUCCACCGUGUCACUUGGAAUUGUGGAAAUGGACUUGGAUACGCAUCACUGUUAGCAUCUGGGUCGGGAUCAGGGCUUUGUAGGGUGGACUGGUUGCGCGGGAGGUGGUUUAAGGACAGGGUACCUUAUGUGGACGUGCCUAAGAUGAGAAAGGAAGUGGAUGGAGGGGGGGAUGAUUCAAUGGAGGAAUAGAGGUAGCGUGGCAGGGGUUUUUGCGAUUUUGGUCUUUGUUGGUCUACGUAGCAUGACAAGUACUUUGAAAUUCAUGCUAAUGUUAGAAGUACUUGUGUGUAAUUCGAG